GUCAUCCUGAGCAGCUGGGCGGCGGGUGCCGGUGCGCAACGAGCCGGGGCUCCCGCUGCGCUGCACCGCGCGGAUCUGAUCCGGAGAUACCUAGCAAGGGUCGCGUGCUGCCGGGGCCCAGCCCAGAGCCUGCCGAGCGCCCGACCCCUUUUGGGGCUGAGCUGGGGGCAUGCUCCAGCACCCCCAGAGCCUGGGAGCGAACCCAGGAGCGCUACCGCCCAGCCCCAGCGCCCCGAGCGGCGGAACCACCGCUAAGGACCCUUGAACCGUCGUCCCCUCCACCGAGGCAACCUCUAGGGUCGGCGACCAAAGUCUGGGUUUCUGAGAAAAGAGCCAGCGUGGGAACCCUGACUGGACUCUUCUGGACCCUCAGGAAAGACCUGAGCCAUUGCCCUUCUACCUUGCCUGCCCCCCCAGGACUGGGCAGUUGCCAGAGGCCCUGGGGGGGUCAGGACUGUGGUCGUGCCCCCACCCUCAACACGCUGGACAGGAUGGGUCCCAGUUAAUGUGUGUGGCCUCAUUCAGCUUACUCCAGACCCACAAGGAGCCCCUUGGGCUCUGAAAGAUUGACGUGCUGCCCAUUGGCCAUGGAGACGAAGCUGCCCCCGGCGAGCACCCCCACAAGUCCCUCCUCCCCAGGGUUGUCUCCAGUGCCACCACCAGACAAGGUGGAUGGCUUCUCCCGCCGGUCCCUCCGCAGGGCCCGGCCCCGUCGUUCACACAGCUCCUCUCAGUUCCGCUAUCAGAGCAACCAGCAAGAGCUCACUCCGCUGCCCCUGCUCAAAGAUGUGCCAGCCUCUGAGUUACAUGAGUUGCUGAGCCGGAAACUGGCCCAAUGUGGGGUGAUGUUUGACUUCUUGGACUGUGUGGCUGAUCUCAAGGGGAAGGAGGUGAAGCGUGCAGCCCUCAAUGAACUGGUGGAAUGUGUGGGGAGCACCCGGGGGGUCCUCAUCGAACCUGUCUACCCAGACAUCAUCCGCAUGAUAUCAGUAAAUAUCUUCAGGACGCUGCCACCCAGCGAGAACCCUGAAUUUGACCCUGAAGAAGAUGAGCCCAACCUUGAGCCCUCGUGGCCACAUCUGCAGCUGGUAUAUGAAUUUUUCCUACGUUUCUUGGAGAGUCCAGAUUUCCAGCCCUCUGUGGCCAAGAGAUACGUGGAUCAAAAGUUUGUCCUGAUGCUCCUGGAGCUAUUUGACAGUGAGGACCCCCGGGAACGUGAGUACCUCAAGACCAUCUUGCAUCGGGUAUACGGCAAGUUCCUGGGUCUCCGGGCCUACAUCCGCAAACAGUGCAACCAUAUCUUCCUCCGCUUCAUCUAUGAGCUGGAGCACUUCAACGGCGUGGCAGAGCUGUUAGAGAUCUUGGGAAGCAUCAUCAAUGGCUUUGCGCUGCCCCUGAAGACUGAGCACAAGCAGUUCCUGGUUCGAGUUCUGAUCCCCUUGCAUUCUGUCAAGUCACUGUCUGUUUUUCAUGCUCAGCUGGCAUACUGUGUGGUGCAGUUCUUGGAGAAGGAUGCAACCUUGACAGAGCAUGUUAUCCGGGGGCUCCUUAAAUACUGGCCUAAAACCUGCACCCAGAAGGAGGUGAUGUUCCUGGGGGAGAUGGAAGAGAUUCUUGAUGUCAUCGAGCCCUCCCAGUUUGUGAAGGUCCAGGAGCCCCUCUUCAAGCAGGUGGCUCGCUGUGUCUCCAGCCCCCAUUUCCAGGUUGCAGAGCGGGCUCUGUAUUUCUGGAACAAUGAGUACAUCUUGAGCCUCAUUGAGGACAACUGCCACACUGUGCUGCCUGCGGUAUUUGGGACCCUCUACCAAGUGUCCAAGGAGCACUGGAAUCAAACCAUCGUGUCCCUGAUCUACAAUGUGCUCAAGACUUUCAUGGAGAUGAAUGGAAAGCUGUUUGAUGAGCUCACGGCCUCCUACAAGCUGGAAAAACAGCAGGAGCAACAGAAGGCCCAGGAGCGGCAGGAGCUAUGGCGAGGCUUGGAGGAACUGCGGCUACGCCGGCUACAGGGGACCCAAGGGGCCAAGGAAGUCCCUGUCCCACGGCCUACGCCCCAGGUGUCUGCCAGUGGGGGUCAGAGCUAGAUAAAUCUAGAACAGGAGAAGCUAAACCCAGAGCUAUCAGCCCCUCCAUCCCUCUGCCCAGGGGCCCACCCAGCGAGGCCAUGCCUCCCCGUGCCCUUGCCAGAGUGGCUCUAGGACUCCCUACCAGCCCCAUGGGACAGCUUCAUGGAGGGGAAGACAAGGCAAGAUGGUAGUCUUGGCAGCAGGACCCUCAGGCCUUUGUGGCAAGAUUCUGGCAAGACUAGACCAGGGCGAGUGUGCGACUGGGAAGCUGGCAUCAGGGAUCCUCCCCUGCCCUACACAGCUAGGCUCCCGGCGGUAGCCGGGCAUCUACCCCUGCUCCUGGCCUGGGGCAUGGACACUCAGCGCCUGGCCAGGGCCUUCUUCAUCCCCACCAUGGGGGCACAGUCUAUUUAUUCUGCCCAGCUCACCCUCAACAAGACAUUGUCCAGGGACAUCCUCCUCUCCUCUCCCUUGCCCUGAAUUUCCUUAUCCCUUUUUAUUUAUUGGGCAGGGGGAGGGGUGAGGGCACAGGCAAGAAGAGAUUCACAUUGUCCUGGGGUGAGGGGGGGGUCACAGUAAUUAUGGUCUGUCCCCUUCACCUGGCUAGGGGGCAGACUUAAUAAAGAGCGAAACUCAAA